AUGAUCUUCAUCAGAGUCCCCCGUAUUGCUUUCGUCGGUUUCAUCUCCAUCCAGCUUUUCACGAUGAUGGGCGGCUUGUUCCCCCUCGAGAUCCCCAUGGACCGUCCCACAGUUGAUGUUAUCCCAUGGAACCUUUUGAACAUUGAGGUGUCUCCUUGUGAUCCUCGAAACUUACGAGUCGAAAGCUCAUGUGGAGUGACGUACCCGGGGGCUUAUUUCAAAAGUCUCCGUGAGGCGUCACUCCUCGAGAUUUAUACCCGACAAGUCGAGCGGGGGCGGGGCAAGACCGUCGCGAUGGCUAAACUCCGUUAUGAGAACGGAAAGUCCUCCAUAACCUUCCCCUCGAGGAAUUUGGCUUCUUGA